CGUCAACUUAUUUUGUCAAUGGCAGUAGAACCAAUAAAAAUUGAAGUAACUAAGAACAAAGAUUUAAUUAUUUCAUUUCACUGAUAAACUUGUCAGAAAAUCAGCGAAUUAAACUUAUUUUUUGUUUAUUUGUGAUUUCAUAACAUGCCUUGCUAUCUUAUUAAAACCGUAACGUAAAUAUGAAUUGUUCAAAUAUCAGUUUUAUACUCAAUACUUGUCUAAAAUUAGAUCCUGGGCUAAGACAAAAAUUAUUAGGUAACUGGUUUAUAGACCAUAAAUCGGAAUACCGAUGUAAAUACCGAUCUUCAUUUGUCAACUCUCGGCUUUUUCAUUCAUCUUGUUUAGUUUCACAGUCACAAAAAGAUGGAAUCACUGUUCUGCCUUCACCACAAGAAGUCACACUUAUUCUUCGCAAAAAUGAAUUCAAUAAAGAAUUCACAACAGGUUCUGUCAAAUCAUAUGACUCAAACCAAUUGGCUUCUAACACUCCAAUUGAAGAUACUCGCAGUGAAGCUCAGUGUAAGAUGACACCUGGUUUACUGAUGGGCGUGUACGACGGCCACGGUGGGCCGGCCUGCGCACAAGUCAUAUCCAAGAGGCUUCUGAACUAUGUUGCUGCAGCGCUUCUGCCGGCAGAUGUUCUACAUAAAUACAUAAAAGAACAACCCAGGGAGAGCCUGUUAGACACUUUCAAUGAUAGAGUCGAGCUCAUAGAAGACUUGAAAGUAGUUUAUGAGAAUAGUUUUAAUAAAUAUUUAUUGCAAUUAUCAGAAGAGUCGAAUAAGAGAGAUGUUGGUGCUUCUUUAGAACAAGGCAUUAUGCAGUUGGAUAAUGAUCUGUCUAUGGAGGUUUUGGAGCCAUUUCUAAAAGAUGGGUACCUAAAUCAAAAGACUUUGUCGGUAGCUAUGUCCGGCGCGGUCACUUGCGUCACACAUAUAGACGGUCCUCAUCUGCACGUGGCUAAUGUAGGAGAUUGUAAUGCUGUUAUAGGCACUAAGACGGAAGAUAACGAAUGGGUCGCCAAGAAAAUUACCAAAGAACACAACUCUGAGAAUUAUGACGAGAUCAAGAGAAUAUGGAAUGAACACCCCGAAGCCGAGAGGAAAACUGUGAUAAGAAGAGAUAGGCUGUUGGGUGAGCUGGCCCCGUUGCGGAGUAUGGGAGAUUUCCGAUAUAAGUGGUCCAAAAAGACGCUCAAUGAUGUGGCGGUCCCCAUGAUGGGUAAAAGAGCUAUCCCGGCCAACUAUGACACGCCGCCAUAUUUGACUGCUAAGCCUGACAUCUAUUAUCACAGGUUGACACCCAAAGAUAAGUUCCUAAUUAUAGCCUCGGACGGCCUGUGGGAUAUGAUGACGCCGUUGCAGUCUGUCAAGUUGGUGGGAGAGCACAUGAAAGGAAAAGUGUUCUUCAAUCCUCUCAAAUUGCCAAGGAAGAACAUUCAGUUGGGGGACAUUAACGAAUUGUUGAUUCAUAGGAAGGAAAGUUUGAAGAGUAAACCGAAGGACCGUAAUGCGGCCACGCAUUUGAUAAGGCAUGCCAUAGGAGGGACUGAGUAUGGUGUGGACCACGCUCGACUAGCACAUCUUCUGAGUCUAUCUCCCGACGUAUCUCGAAUGUUCCGCGAUGAUAUGACGGUCACGGUGGUGUAUUUCGAUUCUGAGUUCCUUCGACAAUGUCCCGCGUAAAUCGCACCAAUUUAAUACCAAAUUUCGAACUGCAGUGCCUUGCGUUUUUCCGCAAUAUCAGCCUAUUACUAGCGCGGUAAAUUAAUGUUGUGUAGUGCUUAUUUAUUUAUGAAAUAUUAAACUUAGUCAUAUUGGUGUAUAUAUUUAUUUCUAUGUUAGUAGAUUACUACUUUCAAUGAUAAAAACAAUUACUGUGAAAUCUUUUUCGAUGGUGUGUAAAUAAAUAGUUGAACAUAAUUAUACUCAA